GGACUGUGAGAUGAAAAAGUUAUACGCUACUAGGGCGUAUCUUUUGUAUCUCUUAGGUUGCACAAUUUUUGUGGACAAGACGGGCUCGUUGGUUAGCAUUGAGUGGUUGCAGUUUCUUGAGAAUGUGGAUACUAUUGGCGAGUAUGCUUGGGGAACCGCGUGUUUAUGCUUCUUAUAUCGCGCGUUGUCAAAAGCAUCGAAGGCUACAACUGCGCAACUGAACGGAUACUUGACGCUCUUUCAGGCGUGGAUUUACGAGCAUUUCCCAUCCUUCAAUCCAACAUUUCGGCCACAGUUUGAGGGGUACUUGGCCAACCGAUGGGUGUAUCCGAAGAAUUCGACGACAAGUGUGGAACGAGCACGGCAUUUGCGUUUGAUGUUAGACGAGUUGAAACCGGAUGAGGUUAUAUGGGACCCAUAUUUCGAACUACGUGAUCGUUUCCCGAUGCCCGAAUCGGCGUGGUUCAGCGGAAUGUUAUGUUGCUUGGACUUCUUGCAGCCGCACCAUCCAGAUAGGGUAUUGCGCCAGUUUAGUCGGGUCCAACAAAUACCGGGGUGUCCCUACAUGUCCGAAACUAUGGCGAAGCAAUACAUGGCGAAGAGAUAUAGGUCACGUGAUAAUUCUGAAAUGUCAUUUGUCCCAUUCCACGAUCGUUUAUUCGAUCGAUGGGAUAAGUGUUGCUUGGAUGCCGAGGCGAGAUCGACUCCGGUACUUGAUGGGCAUCCCGAUACGUCUUCUGCGUAUAUGGAUUGGUUUAGAGAGCGCACUCUUACUCGCCUUAGUACCACUCAGGCAUCUCGACCACAUGCACCACGAUCCAAAGCAGCUCGACCACCGCAAGACGAUGGGACGGAUCCACCACAAUCAAGGGACAUGAAGAUCUUUGACAUGGUUAAGGGAACUCUCGCCAACGUACGCCAAAUGGACGUUAGUGAUGCUCAUAGUGCAAUGUGGUCGACGUUGAAUGAGAUCUUAGCAUUAUUUGAUGAGACCCCAUCGACCGUCCUACCGUCGUCAUCAGCUCCUACACCGACAUCUUCACCACCGCCACCAUCGGCACCAUCUUCGACAGUGGCCCCACCUGCAGACCAACCACGUAAGGUGUUUCGGAGGAGGACGACGAUGAAGAAAUAGUAUUUUAUAUUUUAUAG